CCAGCUUCCUUCGCACUUCCGGUUUCUUUCCCCCCACAGUGAGACAGAAAGCAAACAAAAUGCGUUAGCUAAACUUUACAGAUGAGCUGUGGCUAGUGACAGCUUUAUUACCGCGACCCAGUAUAUUUCACCUACCGCUUAAUUAAAUGUUUUUGUCCUGGACUUCAUAGGUGAGGCUUUAAUAGGAUAGCAACCAUGCAGUUCUCUCCCACCAACGGAGAUUUCACGUUCGUCUCCUCUUCAGAAGCUGAAGACCUCAGUGGAACCAUCAGCACCCCUGAUGUUAAACUGAACAUGGCCAGUGAAGGAGGCAGGGAUCCAUACGCCACCACCUUCCUGAGGCAGCGAGGCUACGGCUGGCUGCUAGAAGUGGAAGAAGAUGACAAUGAGGAGAGCAAACCUCUUCUGGAGGAGCUGGACAUUGACCUGAAGGACAUCUACUACAAGGUCCGCUGCGUGCUGAUGCCCAUGCCGUCUCUGGGUUACAACCGACAAGUAGUUCGAGACAACCCAGAUUUCUGGGGCCCUCUGGCUGUUGUGCUCCUUUUCUCCAUGAUCUCAAUCUACGGGCAGUUCAGGGUUGUAUCUUGGAUCAUCACCAUUUGGAUAUUCGGAUCACUUACCAUCUUCCUGCUUGCUCGUGUCCUUGGUGGUGAGGUUUCUUAUGGUCAAGUUCUUGGAGUGAUUGGAUAUUCUCUUCUUCCUCUCAUUGUCAUAACCCCUCUGCUUUUAGUGAUUGGAGGGUUUGAAGUGGUGUCCACGUUAGCCAAACUCUUUGGCGUGUUCUGGGCUGCCUACAGUGCUGCUUCGCUCCUCGUCGGAGAUGAAUUUAAAACUAAGAAGCCCCUUCUCAUAUAUCCCAUUUUCCUAUUGUAUAUCUAUUUCCUGUCACUGUAUACUGGUGUGUGACUGGAUGAGUCAGAACUACAGACGUUAUGGCCAUGGACAGUGACCCUGAGUCAUGUUGGGGUCAUCAAACAACUAAACCCAGGAGGUCUUUUUUUUUUUAAAGACAUAUUUGUGUUUUUUUUAACUGUACAAUUCUAGGCAGUGAGGACAUUGGGAAUAUGACUGUAAAUAGUUUUACCCUUUUCUUUGUUCAAUAAAAUUAAUCGGAUUUUGCAGCUUGUACCUUAUUCUGCAGGUGUCUAUAUCAUAGGUGCUCUAUUGUCCCCAUACGCCUGGAGUUGGUUGCAGUUUGUGAAUCUGGACAUCAUUUGCUGGAUUAUAACCUUUUUAGUCAAUCCACACAAUGUUUAACAAAUAUUUUUGUGCAUACAGUGCGGUGGAGGGUAAGAGGCUGCAACACUAUAGAUUCCUCACUGUUAUACACUGUUCUGUUAUGGAAAAUGUCCAUUAAUGAGGUGCCUUUGUCAACUCUAUCAAAAUAGAAAAUCACCUUACAAAUAGUUACAGAAAAGAAAUUGGUACUUUGUGAAUCUUGUAUUUGUUGGCUGGUCACUAAGUUAUUUAUCCUAAACAACUAACAUUCCUUUCAGAAACUAAAGAAAAAUUUUAAAUAAAUGAAUGAAAUUGUUGUAAAA